AUGGUGUUAUUCGGUGACGCUGCAAACACUUUCAGUCGACACGCUGAAGAAACAGAUGAAGACCAUGAGGCGCUUCUUAACACCCUUAACACUGCUGUGAUGCAUGUCUUUAGACAUUAUGUUAGUGUCCCUGCCAUUGAAAAUAAGAUGCCCACGACUAAUGCUGAAGGGAUUGCAGGAUUGAUUAUCAGAGACUUUGGGAGAAAUGAUAUUGUCAGCCUCAUGAAGAAAUAUGUUAAACAUCGUGAGAAUUAUGAAGACUUCACUGUCCGAUUUGCUUUGUAUCCUUUGGAAAUUGGUCAACUAGUUGAAAGACUUUCCCCUGAAGAACGCCAUGCCUUCCAUGGAUUCUUUGUUGUCCAACCACUCAGUUUACAAAAGGCAUACAUUGAAGGUCUUACUGAAUUCCAUUCCCCUACUCAGGUUGAUGUCGAUAGAAUGGUGGCAUGGUUUGAACGUCGGAAGGCAGCUGUGAACAAAGUUCAAGAAAACAAGGGUAAAUCAAAGAAAAAGAACGGCGGUGCUUCAACUGCUAAAGAGGAUGCUAAAGAAUCCCAAUCUACUCUGUCUGUACCAAGUGAACGUAAGUCAACCUAUCAUUCUGUAAGCAAGUCUUCGUCAAAACCAUUUGCAGUGGAUACUGGAACUAGGAAGCAUGUGAUUUCUGAUACUCACCUCCUUACCAAUGUUAGACUGUGUAAUGUCACACUUCAGAGCUUUACUGGUGCGCCAAUCAAGGUCACUAAGGUUGGUGAUCUAGUUACUAAUCUCGGCAUCACACUCAAAGAUGCUCGUGCAUGCCCAUCGGCAAAGUUCAACCUCAUAUCACCGCUUCAACUCGUCAGGGACAAGAUUCCGUUCAAGAUUGUGAACAACAAGGUAUUCAUCAACAAGAAAUUUGUGUGCUACUUGGAAGACAUGUGUGAUGUCAAUAACUUAGUCGGUCAAACUGUUGAAGAAGAAUCCAUAUCGAUUGAUCCCAUAACAUUGCAUAAUCGGAUGGGUCAUCCUGCAGAUGCUAUCUCAAAAGACUGUGUGACGUGUGGUGUUGCUAAGAUUACGCUGCGUAAGCCGAAGAAGGGCAAACAUCCGGCAAAGGCGCCGGGUGACCGUCUCUCAGUUGACCUUGCACAUCAAUCUACAGACAGUCCUCAAGGUUAUCGCUGGGCAAUGGUGAUUCAUGACGAUUACACUGGUCACAAUAUCUCAGUAAUACUUCUGGAGAAAGCUCAAGCGGCCAACGAGCUUAUACAACAGAUCAAGUACAUUGAGCGUCAAUAUGGAUACCGCAUCAAACGUUUGCGUGUCGAUAAUGGUAAAGAAUUCGACAACAAGACACUUCAAGAGUAUUGCAAGUCUGAGGGUAUUAGACUUCAACCAACGUCUGCACAUGCGCUGUUCCAAAAUGGUGCGGCUGAACGUGCAAUUCGAACUAUACGUGAAAAGGAGACUGCUCUCAGGCAUAUGAGUGAUGUACCAGCGUACAUGUGGCCUUAUUCGUGGCGAAUGGCCACUCUCCUCGUCAAUCUAACUAAGCGCAAGAAUCAGUCGAAAUCUCCAUGGGAACGUUUCCGUACUGGUGAGACAACCCCAAAGGUGUGGACAUUUGGGUGUCAGGCUGUGGGCGACGUCCCUAAAGGACAUCCGAGUUAUAAGGGCCUCACGGCGCAUGGUGCUGAAGGUGUCUAUCUUGGGCCUGACCUUACUCGUCGUGCUGAUUUUGUCUGGACUUGCCACGAUGGCAAUGUGGUUGUCACACCCACUAUCAAGGUGUAUGAACGGUCUUUCCCUCUCAAGACGAACCCUAAUUACGUCAAGCCUUCUUCACCUCGUCGGGGUGCUCCUCAAAUUGGUAUCAGUCCCAUGCCUAUUCAAACCUGGAAUCUGGUACCAGGGCUGAUUGAGGACUCCCAGUCAACUGCACUCACACUGGCCCCUUCAUCUCCAGUCCUUCAGGAUGAUACCUCCAUGGAUGCUGAAUCUGAUGUGCUGUCUCACAACUCGCCGAAGCACCCUCAUGAUAUCAUUACGGUGUCAUCGUCGUCCGGGUCACUGCUGUUGUCCAGAGCUUCCUCGCAACCACCACCGGGUACAAAUCCCGUGCUGCUUCUUCAAACCUUGGGAGCCCCUCCGGAGUCGCCUAUCUCUGCGUCAUCUUCUCCGACAAGUGAUGACGAACUGGUUGAUGAUAUUGCGCUUGACCCUGAUUACCAAGCCGGUUCUUCCGAGUCUGCCACUGAAGUUUCUCUUGCUGAUGUUCGCUAUGAUCUUCGGGAGUUGACGGAUGACGAGUACGUCCAACCUGACGCCACUUCGGAAUCUGCUGCUGAGUGGUUUUCCGCCGCAGGGAAGUCAGAAGCAGGGGAGUCAGAAGCAGGAGAGCCAGAAGUAGGGGAGUCAGAAGCAGGGGAGUCAGAAGCAGGGGAGCCUACUAUCUCCCGAACAUCCGAAGUGUAUGCCUCUGAUGGGCCUGCUGAAGUGCACCCUACCCCAGCACUGACUCAUUCUCUGGGCUCGGCGUCGCUGUCGCGUCUGCUGCCUCAAAACCCUCUUGGUACUGACACGACCACUCAAGUCGCACCUGACACGUCACAGUCUGCCACACUGUCCGCUUCCCAACAACCACUCACCCCGGCCCCUUUACGACCCUCAGACAGUGUUCUAGGCAAACGAACCCGCAAUGAGAUAACUCCGAGUCCCCCUCGUCCCACAAGUGAUGUCAAACGCCCUCGUGACGGUGACUCUGAUGGGUCGGACUCUGACGUGGUACACAUUCUGACGAAGCCGAUUGAAGUUGUCUCUGUGGACUCUCCACUGUCACUGGACAGUGACUCUAAGCGUGCUGACCCUGACUACGAGGAUUCAGUCAAUUUGGUUAAGCCUGCUCUGCCCAGGGGAGAGGGUGACAAGUCACAGGGGACAAAACAGCCGAAACCGUGGAGUCCCACAGAUCCAAAGAAGCAUGACCCAAAACAUC